CUACAACUUAAAUGAGCAAAUAUAAACUACAGAGAGAGGGAAAGAAAACUUCUGAAUAAAAUAUGAGAACUUUUCACUGAAAAAAAAAAUUGAUUAAAAGGAAAAGUUUUAGUUGAAAACAAAAUUAGUGUUGAAGCAACAAAAGCAAUAUACCUAGUUUAUAUUUUUGAUAUUUGGAAGAAAAAAAAUAAAAUGUAUAUAUAAAAGAUCUCUAAAAAUGGGUUGUUUAUCAGUACGUCAAAGCAUUUUGCAAUGCUAUGCGGCUGACACAUAUUUCAUUGUUCGGAAUCAUUUCGUUUAAUAUUUCAUGUCAUAUAAAUACAAACAGUUUUCAUUCAAGUUUUUAUAAGUUUCUAAAUAUUAACAAGAGCACUCGUUGAAGAUGAAGAAAAAUAAUUAUUUAAUUUACAUAGUAUUAUUAGAUGUUAUUCUGUAUAUAACAGCAUGUCCGAGAAUUAUUUCAAGAACACAGUGGGAUGGGAAACCGAUUUCAAUUAAAAUGCAACUCAUCCAACCGGCAUAUUAUUUUAUAAUCCAUCAGAGCUCAUCACCAAUUUGUUUUAACCAAACAGAAUGUUCAAUACAAAUGAGAAACAUUCAAAAUUUUCACAUUCAUUCAAACGGAUUGCCUGAUAUUGCAUAUAACUUUUGCAUUGGUCAAGAUGGUAAUGUUUACGAGGGACGUGGAUGGGAUGUGCAAGGAGGUGACAUGUCUUCAUAUAAUGCUUACGCAAUUAAUUUGUGCUUUAUUGGAACGUUUGACACUACGAUGCCCAAUUUUAAAUCAUUUCUUGCAGCUCAAGAAUUAAUUUUAUGUGGAAUUUCUAAAGGUAAGGUUUCAUCAGCGUAUUCAUUAAUCGCACAUCGACAAAUAAGUUCGUCUGAUACAAAUUGUCCAGGAAAUGCAUUGUUUAGCGAAGUAAAAAGAAAUUUACGAUUUGACUACAAUCCCAAUCAAUCAAAUCAAUUUUAUUUUUAAAUAUUAAUUAUAAAACUUUAUUUAGCUUUAAAAAAAAUUAUGAA